CGAAUACAGUGCGGAAAAAGGCUACACCAGUGCAACAAGUGCAAAUGAAUUGACGUUGCGUCGCAAAUUCUAACCUAAAAUUCUCCGCCUUAGAAAACUAUAACUAAGUGCAUAUUUGUUAUAUAUUUGUUUGAAAAAUAUACACACUAAUUAUAUUCCAUUGUUUGUGAGCGUGUAUAUCAAACAGCAAUAUUAGAAUGGAAUGUGAGGAUGACUACCCUGACAAGAUGGAAUCUAAGAAGAAAGAUGUCAACACAUACAAAAUUAAAUAUAAAAGUAAAAAUAUUGAGAAUAGCAUAGAAACAUCAGAGAAUGAAGAUAGCAAUGAGAAGAAAAUGAUAAAUGAUGAUGAAUGCGAGGAUGACUACUCUGACAAGAUGGAAUCUAAGAAGAAAGAUGUCAACACACACAAAGUUGACUGUAAAAGUAAAAAUAUUGAGAAUAGCAUAGAAACAUCAGAGAAUGAAGAUAACAAUGAGAAGAAAAUGAUAAAUGAUGAUGAAUGCGAGGAUGACUACUCUGACAAGAUGGAAUCUAAGAACAAAGAUGUCAACACACACAAAGUUAAAUGUAAAAGUGACAAUAUUGAGAGUAGCACAGAAACAUCAGAGAAUGAAGAUAGCAAUGAGAAGAAAAUGAUAAAUGAUGAUGAAUGCGAGGAUGACUACUCUGACAAGAUGGAAUCUAAGAACAAAGAUGUCAACACACACAAAGUUAAAUGUAAAAGGGGAAAUAUUGAGAGUAGCAUAGAAACAUCAGAGAAUGAAGAUAGCAAUGAGAAGAAAAUGAUAAAUGAUGAUGAAUGCGAGGAUGACUACUCUGACAAAAUGGAAUCUAAGAAGAAAGAUGUCAACACACACAAAGUUAAAUGUAAAAGUAAAAAUAUUGAGAAUAGCAUAGAAACAUCAGAGAAUGAAGAUAGCAAUGAGAAGAAAAUGAUAAGUGAUGAAUCUGAAGAUGAAUAUACAAUGCAUUACAGUGAUGCAACAUACUUAGCAAGAGAAAAGGCAUUAAAAGAGAAAUUGUACCAACGAGAAGCAAUGUAUUUGUACAAUUUGCGUGUGCAAUUGGAACACCCAGUACUACCACAGCACAAGAUUGAAACACGAGCGGGAUCUCAUCUACCAACACGAAAUGAAAUAGAAAAAUUUGAAAAAAUAAUACCAAUUAGGAAAGGUUCGUAUUCUUUUGAAGAGGAUAAGAUUAUCGCUCGUAAUUGGAAAAAAUUUUGCAAGUUACAUAAAUGGGAUGUAAAAAAGACGAAACCAUUUUUACAAUUAAGAGAUGGCAGAGUAUGUCACAUGCGUAAUAUCACAGAGAGACGGAAAUUUGUACAAUUUUUAGCUCAUGAUUUACCAGAUAGAACUCUGUAUAGUGUCUACCACAGAUUUAGAAAUUUAUACGAGAAUAAUAUACAAACAAGGUAUAAACCUGAAGAAGAUGAAAUGAUAAUAGAUCAUUUAGAAAAUAAUCCAUUUCUUAACGAAAGAUGUAAGUAUACUGAUUUGGCUAAAGCUCUUCAAAGAACAAGACACUCCAUUUGGCGACGUUAUCGAAUAUUAAAGAAGAAAAAAAAGGAGAUUCAAGAAUGAUAAUUAUAUGUAUUAACAAUAAUAAUACGGUAAGAUUAAUUAAGUCUAAUAAAUAUUAAGUAAAUAGAAGAUUAAUGUUUUAUUAUUGAUAUAUUACUUAUUUUUAAUAAAAGAGCAUUUUGUCACAAUAGAUCUUAAAAAAUAUAUAAAUAAUCAUCGUAUAUUUAUAUAAAAAUUCUAUUAAUGCUAAGAUGAAAUUGAAUAACAAAACGUAAAUAUAAAUGAUAAGAUUUAAAAUGAGUUUAUAAAUUUGCUUCUCAUUAAUAUAAUUUUUUAUUUGUUACCUUAUUGAAGCUUUUUCUGCAUAUGAGUUUCACAUCAAAUAAAUUUUUCUGUAAAAUAUAGAUAUUCUACAAAGAAAUAAUAUCCACUAAAUUUUUAAUAUUGUAUAAAUUAUAUUAAAAAUUGUUUUUUAUGUAUAUAAUAAAGUAGAAAUGGAACUUCAUAUUUUCUGCAA